AGUUCAGUGAAUCAGAACAAUGACUGCGCCGCCGGCUUCCCGGGAGCGCGUCGGAGGACUGUGAGCAGUCGCCGCCGGGGGAGCGGCGGGCGGCGCAGCCUCGGCCGCGCGGUGUCAACGCCGGGCUCGGAGCCUCCAGCGCAGACCCAGCCCAGCGCCCGCAGCCCGUGCGGAGCCGCCGGGCUCGCGCGCUGCAGCCGCUACUCCCGAGCGGUGCAUUGUUGUGAGCCGGAGAAGGGGCGCGGGGAUUGCAAAGCCCGGAGCCCCCGGAGCCCCCUUUAGCCAUGUGGAUACCUACGGAGCACGAGAAAUACGGCGUGGUGAUUGCCAGUUUUCGAGGAACCAUUCCUUAUGGUCUGUCAUUGGAAAUUGGAGAUACAGUUCAGAUCCUGGAGAAAUGUGAUGGCUGGUACAGAGGAUUUGCCUUAAAAAACCCAAAUAUCAAGGGUAUAUUUCCUUCUAGCUAUGUUCACUUGAAAAAUGCCUGUGUGAAGAACAAAGGACAAUUUGAAAUGGUUAUUCCCACUGAAGACUCUGUUAUCACAGAAAUGACGUCAACAUUAAGAGACUGGGGAACCAUGUGGAAACAACUCUAUGUGAGAAAUGAAGGGGAUCUCUUUCACCGCCUGUGGCACAUCAUGAAUGAAAUCCUGGACCUGCGGCGGCAGGUGCUGGUGGGCCACCUGACCCACGACCGCAUGAAGGACGUGAAGCGCCACAUCACCGCCCGCCUGGACUGGGGCAACGAACAACUGGGACUGGACCUAGUGCCGAGGAAAGAGUAUGCAAUGGUCGAUCCGGAGGACAUCAGCAUCACUGAGCUCUACCGAUUGAUGGAACAUCGACAUCGGAAGAAAGAUACCCCUGUGCAGGCCAGCAGUCACCACCUCUUUGUGCAGAUGAAAAGCCUCAUGUGUUCCAACCUGGGAGAGGAGCUUGAGGUCGUCUUCUCUCUCUAUGACAGUAAAGAGAACCGGCCAAUCAGUGAGAGAUUUUUCUUGAGGCUGAAUAGAAAUGGACUUCCCAAAGCCCCAGAUAAACCAGAACGGCAUUGCUCUCUUUUUGUGGAUUUGGGUAGCAGUGAGCUAAGAAGGGACAUUUAUAUCACCGUGCACAUCAUCCGAAUCGGUCGAAUGGGGGCAGGUGAAAAAAAGAAUGCUUGUAGUGUCCAGUACCGGCGACCCUUUGGUUGUGCAGUUCUUAGCAUUGCUGAUCUGCUGACUGGAGAGACAAAAGAUGACCUCGUCCUGAAAGUGUACAUGUGUAACACAGAGAGUGAGUGGUACCAAAUCCAUGAAAACAUUAUCAAAAAGCUGAAUGCACGUUAUAAUUUGACUGGCUCCAAUGCUGGGUUAGCAGUUUCCCUACAACUAUUACAUGGGGACAUUGAACAAAUCAGAAGAGAAUAUUCAUCAGUAUUUUCUCAUGGAGUUUCCAUAACAAGGAAGUUGGGUUUUUCUAACAUUAUUAUGCCGGGUGAAAUGCGGAAUGAUUUAUACAUCACUAUAGAAAGAGGAGAAUUUGAGAAAGGAGGGAAGAGUGUUGCCAGAAAUGUAGAAGUUACGAUGUUCAUUGUAGAAAGUAGUGGCCAGUCCUUAAAAGAUUUUAUCUCCUUUGGCGCUGGAGAACCACCAGCUAGCGAGUACCACUCUUUUGUGCUUUAUCACAACAACAGUCCCAGGUGGUCUGAACUGCUGAAACUUCCUAUUCCUGUGGAUAAAUUCAGGGGUGCACACAUCCGCUUUGAGUUCCGGCAUUGUUCCACAAAGGAGAAAGGAGAGAAGAAGCUGUUUGGUUUCUCUUUUGUCCCCCUGAUGCAGGAAGAUGGCAGGACUCUUCCAGAUGGCACCCAUGAGCUCAUUGUGCAUAAGUGUGAAGAAAAUACAAAUCUUCAGGACACUACCCGCUACCUCAAACUUCCCUUUUCCAAGGGUAUUCUCCUUGGGAAUAAUAACCAAGUCGUGAAGGCCACAAAGGAGUCAUUUUGGAUAACGUCUUUUCUCUGUUCUACAAAACUCACACAGAAUGGUGAUAUGCUUGAUCUUUUGAAAUGGAGAACCCACCCAGACAAGAUCACAGGCUGUCUCUCUAAAUUAAAAGAAAUCGACGGCUCGGAGAUAGUAAAGUUUCUGCAAGAUACACUGGAUACCUUAUUUGGAAUUUUAGAUGAAAAUUCCCAAAAAUAUGGGUCUAAAGUGUUUGAUUCUUUGGUUCACAUAAUAAAUUUGCUACAAGAUAGCAAAUUUCAUCAUUUUAAACCGGUAAUGGACACUUACAUUGAGAGUCAUUUUGCUGGGGCACUUGCAUACAGAGAUCUCAUCAAAGUGCUGAAGUGGUAUGUGGACAGGAUAACGGAAGCGGAGCGGCAAGAGCACAUCCAAGAGGUGUUGAAGGCACAAGAAUAUAUUUUUAAGUAUAUAGUUCAAUCUCGGAGGCUCUUCUCCCUUGCCACUGGUGGACAAAAUGAAGAGGAGUUUCGCUGUUGCAUCCAGGAGCUGUUAAUGUCGGUGCGUUUCUUUCUUUCUCAAGAGAGCAAAGGAUCUGGAGCACUGUCUCAAUCACAGGCCGUGUUUCUGAGCUCCUUCCCAGCUGUGUACUCAGAGCUGUUGAAGCUCUUUGAUGUCCGAGAAGUGGCCAACUUAGUCCAGGACACGCUGGGCAGUCUGCCAACCAUUGUGCACGUGGACGAUUCCCUGCAGGCUGUGAAGCUGCAGUGCAUUGGCAAAACUGUGGAAAGCCAGCUUUACACCAACCCAGAUUCCCGGUACAUCCUCCUGCCUGUCGUGUUACAUCACCUGCACAUGCACUUGCAAGAACAGAAGGACCUGAUCAUGUGCGCACGUAUCCUUAGCAACGUAUUUUGCCUCAUCAAGAAAAAUAGCUCAGAAAAAUCUGUGUUGGAGGAAAUCGAUGUGAUAGUGGCCAGUCUGCUGGACAUCCUGCUGAGAACCAUACUGGAAAUCACCAGUCGACCACAGGCGUCGGGCUCCACAAUGCGGCUUCAGUUCCAGGAUGUCACUGGGGAAUUUGUUGCCUGUCUUCUGUCUCUCUUACGACAAAUGACAGAUAGACAUUAUCAACAGCUUCUUGAUAGUUUCAAUACAAAGGAAGAACUAAGGGAUUUCCUGCUGCAGAUAUUUACUGUGUUCCGAAUACUUAUACGCCCAGAAAUGUUUCCAAAGGACUGGACUGUUAUGCGCUUGGUAGCUAACAAUGUUAUUAUUACAACAGUUCUGUAUCUGUCAGAUGCACUUCGGAAGAACUUCUUAAAUGAAAACUUUGAUUAUAAGAUCUGGGAUUCCUACUUUUAUCUCGCAGUCAUUUUUAUAAACCAGUUGUGUCUGCAAUUAGAGAUGUUCACACCUUCCAAAAAGAAAAAGGUGUUAGAAAAGUAUGGUGACAUGCGAGUAACAAUGGGCUGUGAAAUUUUCAGCAUGUGGCAAAACUUAGGAGAACACAAGCUUCAUUUCAUCCCUGCCCUGAUCGGCCCCUUCCUGGAAGUGACCUUGAUACCCCAGCCAGAUCUCCGCAAUGUCAUGAUUCCUAUUUUUCAUGAUAUGAUGGACUGGGAGCAGAGGCGGAGUGGCAACUUCAAACAGGUGGAAGCCAAGCUAAUUGACAAACUGGAUAGUCUGAUGUCAGAAGGCAAAGGUGAUGAAACAUACCGUGAACUCUUCAACAGUAUUCUACUAAAGAAAAUUGAGCGGGAAACAUGGAGGGAAAGUGGCGUUUCAUUAAUUGCCACUGUGACUCGUCUAAUGGAGCGGUUGUUAGAUUACAGGGACUGCAUGAAAAUGGGAGAGGUAGAUGGCAAAAAGAUUGGCUGCACAGUUAGUCUCCUGAACUUCUAUAAGACUGAGCUGAACAAGGAAGAGAUGUACAUACGCUAUAUCCACAAACUAUAUGACCUGCAUCUCAAGGCUCAGAACUUCACAGAGGCUGCGUAUACCCUCCUGUUAUAUGAUGAGCUGCUAGAAUGGUCUGACCGGCCCCUCCGCGAGUUCCUGACCUACCCCAUGCAGACAGAAUGGCAGCGCAAGGAGCACCUGCACCUUGCCAUCAUCCAGAACUUUGACCGAGGCAAAUGUUGGGAGAAUGGCAUCAUCUUGUGCCGGAAGAUUGCAGAGCAGUACGAGAGUUACUAUGACUACAGAAACCUGAGCAAAAUGAGGAUGAUGGAAGCCUCUUUGUAUGACAAAAUCAUGGACCAGCAACGUCUCGAACCAGAGUUCUUCAGAGUUGGGUUUUAUGGGAAAAAAUUUCCAUUUUUCUUAAGAAAUAAGGAGUUUGUGUGUCGAGGGCAUGACUAUGAGAGACUGGAGGCCUUCCAGCAGAGGAUGCUGAACGAGUUCCCCCAUGCCAUCGCCAUGCAGCAUGCCAACCAGCCUGAUGAGACCAUCUUCCAGGCGGAAGCUCAGUACUUGCAGAUCUAUGCCGUGACACCUAUUCCAGAGAGCCAGGAGGUUCUGCAGAGAGAGGGUGUUCCAGACAACAUCAAAAGCUUCUAUAAAGUAAAUCAUAUCUGGAAAUUCCGCUACGACAGACCAUUUCACAAAGGCACUAAAGAUAAAGAAAAUGAAUUCAAGAGUCUCUGGGUGGAGCGAACAUCCUUAUACUUGGUGCAGAGUUUACCUGGCAUUUCCCGCUGGUUUGAAGUGGAGAAGCGUGAAGUGGUAGAAAUGAGUCCUCUGGAAAAUGCAAUUGAGGUGUUGGAAAAUAAAAAUCAGCAGCUGAAAACUCUGAUAAGUCAGUGUCAAACCAGACAGAUGCAGAAUAUUAAUCCCCUGACCAUGUGCCUGAAUGGCGUCAUAGAUGCUGCAGUUAAUGGUGGAGUUUCCAGGUAUCAAGAGGCAUUCUUUGUCAAAGACUAUAUCUUAAGUCACCCUGAGGAUGGAGAGAAAAUUGCACGGUUAAGAGAGCUGAUGCUUGAGCAGGCACAGAUUUUGGAAUUUGGUCUGGCAGUGCAUGAGAAGUUUGUGCCUCAAGACAUGAGACCCCUUCACAAAAAGCUGAUCGACCAGUUCUUUGUGAUGAAGUCCAGUUUAGGGAUACAGGAGUUCUCUGCUUGCAUACAAGCCAGCCCUGUCCAUUUCCCUAAUGGAAGCCCACGCGUGUGUAGAAACUCAGCACCUCCUUCCAUGAGUCCAGAUGGCACCAGGGUAAUUCCUAGACGCAGCCCAUUAAGUUACCCAGCUGUCAACCGGUAUUCUUCCUCCUCACUGUCCUCACAAGCUUCUGCUGAAGUAAGCAAUAUUACAGGGCAAUCAGAAAGCUCUGAUGAAGUCUUUAACAUGCAGCCAAGUCCAUCUACCUCAAGCUUGAGUUCUACUCACUCUGCUUCGCCUAAUGUGACAAGUUCUGCUCCAUCAAGUGCCAGAGCUUCUCCCUUGUUGUCUGACAAACACAAACAUUCCAGAGAAAACUCUUGCCUGUCCCCAAGAGAGAGACCAUGCAGUGCCAUCUAUCCAACACCUGUGGAGCCUUCUCAGAGGCUGCUGUUUAAUCAUAUCGGAGAUGGGGCGUUGCCACGUAGUGACCCAAAUCUUUCUGCGCCUGAGAAAGCUGUGAAUCCCACCCCUAGCAGCUGGAGCCUGGACAGUGGGAAAGAAGCCAAGAACAUGUCGGAUAGUGGGAAACUUAUCUCUCCCCCUGUCCCUCCAAGACCCACACAGACUGCUUCACCAGCAAGACACACAACAUCAGUCUCUCCCUCACCUGCGGGGCGAUCUCCAUUGAAGAGCUCUGCUCAGUCUUUCACCCCCUCUCCAGUGGAGUAUCACUCCCCAGGACUGAUCUCCAAUUCCCCAGUCUUGUCGGGCAGCUACAGCAGUGGGAUUUCUUCGCUCAGCCGGUGUAGCACGUCGGAAACCUCAGGCUUUGAAAAUCAGGGGAAUGAACAGUCAGCGCCCGUGUCUGGGUCGAGCUACAGCGGGCCCGAGGAGCCGGUGCGCAAGGAGAGCAAAACGCCACCCCCAUACAGUGUCUACGAGCGAACUCUGCGGCGCCCGGUCCCGCUACCUCACAGCCUUUCCAUCCCUGUCACCUCCGACCCCCCCGCCUUGCCCCCCAAGCCCCUGGCAGCGCGAUCGAACCCCCUGGAAAAUGGGACCAGAAGGACUGAGCCCGGGCCACGGCCCAGGCCCCUGCCUCGGAAAGUCUCUCAGUUAUAAGUCACUUUUCUAUUCACCUGCAAUGGAUUCCUUGCCGUUUACAAGAGAGUAAGUAUGAACGUGAGAAGACACUUAGUUAGGCACUUUAAUAACUUACUCAGAUUUGUCUUUAAAUGAAUGGAAUUAAACCUUGCUUAUUAAUAUAAUAUUGCACAAUAUUCACAGUUACUGAUCUGAAACGCCAGCUGUUACAUGAAGUAUGGCUGAAUUUCAUUAAAAUGUUUCAUUUGAAAGUGGUAAAUAGUAAUUAAGACUUCUUUUGUAUUUUUAUGUUCACUUUUUUUUUUACAUAGUUUAAUCCUAAAACCAAUACAAUAUUGUUGAACGUGUGAUAAUGUUGUAUACUUUUUACGGAAUACUUGAUACUCUGAACAGAGCUUAGGAAGUCAACGUUCAUUUUAACACAAUGAUCCUUGCUUUGGAAGACUUUGGAAAAUGAGGAGAUUUCCAGCUCUUUCCAUGAGCAGACUGACCAGUGCAUGUCAAAAUUAAAAGUUAAAGGAAGUUAGUUAGACAGUACACUUCAGGGGUUGCAGGGACUGAGGCUAAAAGUUGUUUUGUUCUUGAAACAAAAUACUUAAGGUGACCGAGGACAUUUGACAGCUGUCCACACUUUAAAACUAUUUUGUGAUUAGGCUGGUAAAUCUUUCAAGUAGCCUCACACCACUAUUUUUUUUUUUUUCCAAGGUGCAUUUUAUUUUCAGAGUUCUAAUCUGGUAGAUUAAGCAAAAGACCCAAGAGAAAUGUUUACUUGAAUCCUAUGCUUCCUUCCUGAUAGUUUCUGCUGCAAAAUUUGUCAUUGAAGGAGAACAGGUGUCCCUGUAUUAAAUAGGCAAAUUAAUGUGUCCCAUUAACAAGAAUUCUGGAAUCAAUACAGGACAGUAUUAAAUCAAUAGUGUAAAUGGAGGGAAAAAAAUCUUACAGAAAAUAUAUUAGCAUGAUUAAAUGUCAAAAGGACUGUCAAAAGGCAAGGGCAUUAACUUGGAAUCCUGCACAAAAUAAAUUCCUCAGAACUCUUCAUUCUUACCAGUGGAGCUUGUCAUCUUAGCUGAUCCCCUUUGUCCUUUUGUUGAAGGAGGAUGGCUGUAGACUGCUCUUGCUUGAAAAUUGCAACCUAGCAUCGUAGCUCUAAAUAAGGAUGCUCACGCCACAGUUGUAGGAGUGUGAAAAAGCACCUUGUAUGUAGUAAUGUAUUUUGUAUCUGUUUUUUCUUUACUGUUUAUAACACUCAAUUCACAAUAGAUAUGAACUGUAUUUUAAAUCAUACUGUUAAAUAUUUUCCCUCUUUUGUUGGGAAGCUCAUUUUAGUUUAACCGUGUUUGUUUUUGUUGAUAGCAUACUGGAAGGCAGUGACCACUUUUUUAUAUUCUCUUAAUGAAACCAUUCAGCAGGUAUACGCUGUUGAGGCUGGUUAUAGAGGUUUUCUAUAAUAAAUGUUCAGUAUUUUUGUACAUAACUGGUUAAUUUUAAUAAGAGAUACCAUUAUGUGUAAAAAAAGUACAAAUAAAAGCAAACAGUUGUGGAUGCAGUAUGAUUGUUAUAAUUAUGCCAAAUACUUUAUGUAUCGAAAAAGAAUAUUUGUACAUAUGUGCUUUUAACAAUUCUGCAAUCUUGACUUUACAAUUUUGAAUGUCAAAAAAUUAAUAUAUGUUAAAAUAUUUAUGUUUAGUGAAGGGAUUCAUAAGUGAGAAAAGGAACAUAUGAAUUUUAGCUUUGUAUCUUGCAAGUUUUGGAAAUUUCCUGAACUAGCACUUGCUUUUGAUGAUAACACUUUGUAAUCACAUCCUUUAAAACAUAUAUAUUAUGUAUAAGAGAUACAUAAUAUAUCUGUGGAGCUCCAUGUUUCUGUUGCUUUAAAGAAGUAAAGAUUUCCAUUUAAAUAAGGUGACAUGCAUAAGAUAACAAAGCUUCUUUGAUUUCCUUUUCCUCUGUAAUUUAAUAGAUUUGUUGACUAGUGCUUGGGCACAGUAUAAAUCAGUGUUAUUUGCUCUUGAAGCCAUUAAAACUUUUUUUUGGCAAUGAACAGUUCAAUUUAUCAUGUGUGUGUAUUUCUGAAGCAGCUAUAUAGCAGAACAUUUCAAGAGAUUCUGUUA